AUGGCGGUUCCAGAGGAGGCUUAUACCUAUGCUGGAAGGCUUGAAACCUUCAAGGCUGUGCAUCAUCUCACAAAACGCCGCGCAUCAUCCACCAGGAAGAAGGGCGCGACAGCGGUAGAAUGGCCGCAUGCUUCCCCGGCGCCAGAAGAGCUCGCUCGUGCGGGGUUCUUCUUCAAGCCGUCCGCCGAUAGUCUCGACAACGCCAUGUGCUUCUGCUGCCAACGAAAUCUGGACGGAUGGGAGCCCAACGAUAAUCCGGCGGUCGAACAUUAUGCCCACGGCAAAGACUGUGCAUGGGCUGUUAAUUGCUAUUUUGGUCAAGGACUAGAUGAGGACCCGUUGGACGCAGAACUCCUGGCGAUGCGAAAAGCGACGUUUACAAGCAACUGGCCUCAUAAAGGGAAGCGUGGUUGGAAGUGCACGAUAAACAAACUUGCCGAAGCUGGGUGGUGCUACAAUCCAACACCAGAGUAUGACGAUUACACCACCUGCCUCUACUGCGGUUUGUCGCUUGAUGGUUGGGAGCCAAAGGAUGAUCCUUUAGAAGAGCAUCGGAGGCGAGCUGAAGGCUGCGAUUUCUUUAGACUUGCGGAUGAACAUGCGGCGACACGAAAACCCGCACGUUCGAAGAAGGCUCGAGGGUCCACUGCGUCGAAAGCAUCUAGACUCUCUGUCCAGUCUACCAUGACUGUAUCAGACACGCCUUCAUUCAUCUCUGCACUAGAAAUGCCGGCUGCCGAAGAUGAUAGCAUAAUGACCACCGAUACGGUGGCAACAACCACGUCUACCGCAGGAAAAGGGCGUAAAGGCGCUUCGAAAUCCAAACCGACAGCUAAGUCGACGCGUAAAAACACGCGUACAAAGAAGAAAGAGGUGGAAGACGCAGAGACGAGCGAAGAGCCAUCUCAGCCUCAAGAAAUACAAGGGGCAGACGCACCUCCGCCGAAACGAAACGCGCGGCGUAAACCAAGCCAGCAGGAUAUGUCGCAGUCAGAGGUGACCGUGUUGGACUGGCAGCCUAAACGAGUUACCCGCGGCAAAAAAGCGAACGCCAAAGAGGAAAAGAGAAUAAGUGAAGAUGCAAGCCAGCUUCACGACGACUUGCUUCCUGUCGUUGAGCCUUCGCAACUGGAGGAAAAGCCCGCUCGACCGAAGAGAGGAACCAAGCGAACCAGCGAUGGCAUUUCCAAGGUUGAUUCGUCCGUCAUCAUUGUGGAGAUGCCCCAGGUGCAGCAAGAACAGCCAAAGAAAGGCCGGCAGACGAAGGCGAAGAAAGGGAAGAAAGCAGCGGCUACUAUAGAGUCGGAGACGGAUGUACCACAGCCUGUACCUGCGGCCAAACCUACCCGUAAGAGAGCGAACACCAAGACACGCGCCGCGAAACCGAAAGAGCCGAAGCCGGAGCCGGAACUCGAGCAGGAACCUGAGUUGGAACCUGAGUUGGAACCUGAGUUGGAACCUGAGUUGGAACCUGAGUUGGAACCUGAGUUGGAACCUGACGUUUCCCCUGCGCCCGGCAGCAGCGGCGACGAGCGCAACAAGGAGAAUCGGCCGAGCAUGGGGCAGGUGUUGCGGCGGGUAAGAAAGGGGUUGAGCGAGGAGGAGAAGGGGAUGACGGUGGAGGAGUGGGUGGUGUGGAAUGCGGCGAGGGGGGAGGAGAAGUUAAGGUGGGAGUGUGAGCGAUUGGUGGGGGUCUUUGAGAAGGAAGCGGGGAGGGCGGUGGAGGUGAUGGAGGGGAUGGAGACGGCGUGAGAAGAGAUUCACUGGAUUAGUGAUUGGAUUUCGAUUUGGAAGGAUAUCGUCAUGACUGGGCAGAAGGGCGUUGGUUAGUGGCGUUUGUUGGUUAAUGGUGGGUCCCGAGGGAAAGGGGCAGUCCCCUUAGAUGGGGAAAUCCCGUUUGUGUGAAUGUUUUGGUCGGUCAUAGGCACGUUUAAAGGCGUUUUAUAGGUUUCUUUAACGUCUCAUUGAAUGCAAACUUGCUCUUCCAAUCAUUCUUCCGAUUGUGUCAAUUUGUUGAGUCACAGUUCGUCAGCGCCAAUCUCAUUCCAUCAUCAACUGGCCACGCAAACGGAGGUUCUGCGAUGGCAUAAGUAUCGCCCCAACUGCAUGCCACCGUACUAUCGCUGUCCAUCGCCUCGGAAUAUUUCGCGUUGCAGAAUUCCGUUUCGCCAGUUCUCC